AUGAGCUGUGGUCAUGACAGCUUCAUGGCCGACGCCGACCGCCUCACUGGCAAGAAUCCCCGGGCUGAUGACACCUGGGGUCCUCCAUUUCAGCUCCAGUCCUUGCGCUGCUACGACAUGUUUCCCUUCACGCCACACAUCGAAACCCUUGGCGUCUUCGUGCGCGAGAGAGUCGGCGAUGGACGGCGCCCCGAGUCCAUCGAGCCGGACAGGUUGCAAGUGUCGCCCGAGGAGAAGCUGCAGUGCCAAUUCUUCAUCGGCAUCGAGCAGGACGCCGAGUUUAAUGUGCGCCAGCGCAUUUUCGGAGAGCGUGGUCAUCACAUGAAGGUCAUCGCCAAGCAGACGGGGGCCAAGCUGCGACUCCGUGGGCGCGGCUCUGGCUUCAAGGAGGGGCCCGAGCGCCGGGUUUCUUCCGACCCGCUGAUGCUGUGCGUGAGCAGCACUGAAGAUGCAGGACACCAAGAGGCGGUGAGACUCGUUGAGGAGCUGCUGACUGAUGUUCACAACCAGUAUCGUGAGUUCUGUCACUCCACCGGCCGCAGAGCUCCCAAUCUAGAGGUGGUCGUCAAUCAUGGCCCCCGUCCCGGCAGCAGGUAG